AUGGAGUCAGAAAUUGACCGCUUUUUGGAAACUGUCUCAAGCAUGUCCUUGUCAGACGCAGUGAACUUCGUGAUAUUUGACAAUCCGGUGUCGAAAACGUUUGGGAAGAUCCUGACUGACGGGCUGCUUACGCCAAGAUCCGAACCUAUGGGGCGCCCACGACGAUCACCCGUGCCCAUGCAAGCUAGCAAUGACUGGCUGAGUCAAGGAAGAUUAUCGCAAAUUCUUGGUGCUUCUGGGAACUGGACACGAGUUGCAGGGCUUUCUGGAGCUCUUGCUGUCAUUCUCGGAGCUUAUGGCUCACACUCACCGGCAUUGAAGCAGGUUUCUCCUGAAAAACGCGCUGUUUUUGAGACUGCAAACCGCUAUCACUUCUUUCACUCUAUCGCCUUGCUUGGAGUUCCUUUAUGUCGUCGGCCGAUGAUAACCGGAUCGCUCAUGUUUGCAGGAAUGCUCAUUUUCAGUGGCUCUUGCUACGGAUAUGCAUUAACCAAUUAUCAAGACGCUCGUCGUGUGACUCCAUUCGGCGGUAUUCUCUUGAUCGUUUCUUGGCUUUCGAUGAUUGUGUAAUCUUAUUUAGUCCAGUUGUAAAGCUUUGUAGUUGCAUAGGUUUGUCUGGGAAGCAAAAUAAUUUGUGAUGGUUCCUAA